UUUGCUUAGCUUUGGAGUGUACUCACCAACCCAUUGUCCUCUUCUUUUACCCCCUAAACUAUCAUAUUCAUACACAUACACACACACGCUAACGCACGCCUGGUAUCACCGCCGAAGCAUCGAUGGAUCGACUGUGGACCCGAAGAAGGUCCAGAGCAGGGCGAUCCCGCAGUGCUAUGCUUUUCAGAUAGUGCAGGUGGUUGCGUAGACUACGUCCUCACUCAACUGCCAAGGCUGCCGGACACCCGGUCCAUAGUCCUCGUGUCCAAUGAUUGGCUACAGAUCCUAGACGUCGGUUUUUAGUUGGGCCCUGGAGAGUCCGCACAUUUGCUGCCGGUUGCCCAGGUUUUCUGCGAAAAAUCAGUCCUGGAGAUGGUGCAGCUGCUAGUGACUUGAAUCGUCACUGGAUGCGGGUCUACUCGGCAUUUCUUGAACCCCAACUGCUAGAGUAGAUUGCUGGGACCCUGAGUAGAUUAAAUUUUGCUAGAUUGAUUCUUAGCUCGAGUUUAUAGAAUGAUGCUCUAGGACAGAUAGCGUUAAAUCGACUCGCCGAAUGUAGGCUUUCAAGAUCGCAGACUUGAGGGACUCUUGAAAGCUGCUAUCAGUGCAUUUCCUGUGCAAAAACUCGAUCUAGUUGUUCGUUGGUUUGGGGUGUUGCAUGAGCUUGAGUGGGUUCAGAUGGCGAGACGCGACCGGAGUUGAGCGUGGCUUGAGGGCUUUAAUAAUCCGCGGUGAGAACUCAAGGGAUUCGGCGUCCUGUUGGGAGGUCUUGAUUUGUAGUUGAGCUGCAUCCCAAAUGGUCACCUUAUGUAGGAGGGCCUGGAGUGAAGGGUUCGAGAUUCGACGAUGUUGGCAAAAAUAGCGCCAUUACGGUUUCUUCCAAUGGGAUGACGAUGAAGGAUUACACAGCUUGGUAUUCUCGCAUCAAGAGUCUCGUAUUCUUCCUUGUGGUGUUAGGCACCGGUGCAGUCCUCGGCGUCGUCACAACUUUGAAUGUUGUCGGAUACAUCACCAACUCCGAAAGUGGGUUUCUCUCAGCCCGAUUCCCGACUUUGCCUCCGCAACUUGAUGCUACUUCGUUUGUUUCCACGUCGAAUGUUUUGCCUACGACACCAAUAUCAGCGGAUCUUUCCAGUGCCAAAACAACUAAUCGACCUGAUCUUCCUGAACAACAUGAAUCAUCUUCCGAGGCAUCCCAGAUUCAGCACCCGAAAACCAUGGAACCUAACUCAACUCGUGCAGAUAAUGUGCGGCUGGUUAACGGUUCAGAUGUGGCCCUUGAGCCAGGCUCUGCGUCAACAAAUUCGACCAAAACAGAGGACUCUGAGACUGUUUCCGAGGAGAUGGAUCCUUGGAGUGUAAGUAUAGUGGUGAAGAAAUCAACUAUUGCAAGAAAGUCUGAAUUGGAAGAAAAUCCAGAGGAUACGAUCGAUGUUGGUGGAAUUGACUCUAAGGUGACAGAUGCGGUGAUAAAUUCAACUUUAGUAGAGAACGAAUCGAUGGGGGAGAGUUCUGAAGUACCACCUCUGAUCUUUGAGUCAGAAAUCCCUCUUAUGUCGCAUCCGGUGGAUCUCUCCACUCUGUCGGAUGUGUACCACGACAUGAGUGAGGAGGAACUACUGUGGCGCGCCUCGGCAGGGUUUUUGCGCCGACCUCGCCCCAAGUUCGUCAUUCCCAAGGUGGCAUAUCUGUUCCUCACUCGAGGACCCCUGCCCCUAAGCGCCUUGUGGGAGCGAUACUUCCAUGGAUACGAUGGUCUGUAUUCUAUCUUUAUCCACGCACAUCCCAAUUACCUCCCUAAAUUUCCGCCAAACUCCGUGUUCUACCGUCGCAACAUCCCCAGCAAGGAGGUCUUUUGGGGAAAGCUGUCGGUAUUUGCGGCGGAACGGCGGCUUCUAGCGAACGCUCUGCUUGAUGCUGCGAACGAGAUAUUCGUGCUUCUUUCCGAAACGUGCGUUCCGAUCGCACCACUUCGAACGGCAUACAAGUAUUACAUGGACUCGGAGCACAGCUUUGUGGAAGCGUACGUGAAUCUUGGAAAGGGAGGGAUAGGGAGAUAUAACCGCAUCAAGGGCAGGAGCAAAUUGAACCCAGAGAUUCGGCCCUCGCAGUGGCGGAAGGGAAGCCAAUGGUUCGAGAUAUCGCGCAAUUUAGCUCUCAUGGUUGUCUCGGAUCGGAAGUACUACUCCAAGUUCGAGAACUUCCUUUGUAAAAACGAUUGCGUAUGUUACAUCGACGAGCAUUAUCUUCCUACAGUGCUGACAAUCCUGGCACCCUCAAAGCUUGCUAAUAGAACUUCACAUUACAUAGACUUCACCCGGAGCACGGCUCACCCUCAUCAAUGGAACAAACUAGAUAUCAACGAGCGAACGUUGAGGAAAAUCACGACUGGCCAGAAUUGCACCUUCAACGGCAAACUCACAACGACUUGCCACAUGUUCGCUCGAAAAUUUAGUCCGGAUACGAUUGAGCCCCUCCUGAAGCUCGCUGCCAGAAGUUUCAGCAUCCCAGAAGUUGCUAUUGGCAACUAGACUGCUCUUCUUGUGCGGAACAAUCAUGUAUCAUACCGAUUUCUCCCCCGACGACUGCCGUCCAACGACUCAACCCACUCCGGCAACAAGUAGUCUGUACAAAGCACUGCGGUUGAUGUUUUCACUCAUAGGUUUUCUGUUGUGCCGCUAAAUUCUAAUAUACCCUCGACCAUGUUUCAAAGUCAAUCCACUUGUUAAAUUUUGUGCCUUAAAAUUGGGACUCCGUAAUCUUUUGUAAUUCUCCAAAGGUAACAGAUUUUGAGUCGAACAGAUCAUGCAUGACGUGAUUCACACA